ACACACACACACACACACACACACACACACACACACAGAGGGGGAGGUUGGUUCCUGAUACCGAGACACGGAAAAGCAGGGGAGGGAGAAUUACAGAAAAAGACGAGCGUGGAGAGAGGGAGACAGCGAGCAGGGGAAUUACACUGACCGACACACACGCGUCUCCCCGCUGACUGCUGACAUUGUUGACGUGCUCACUCUCUCAAACCUGUCACGAGCGAAAUACUGGAGCUCCAAAGCAUCGACAUCGCGCUCCCCCCCAGAACUCAUGGGUUAACAGACUCUGUUCAGGAGAAGCAGCCACCUGUUAGUCCAAUGAAUAACCGGAAGGAAGACAUGGAGAUCACGUCGCACUACCGGCAGCUCCUGCGGGAGCUGAACGAGCAGCGGCAGCACGGCAUCCUGUGCGACGUGUGUUUGGUCGUGGAGGGCAAGAUCUUCAAAGCGCACAAGAACGUGUUGCUGGGCAGCAGUCGCUACUUCAAGACUCUUUACUGCCAGGUGAAGAAGGGCUCAGAGCAGCAGGCCACCAUCACGCACCUGGACAUCGUCACAGCUCAAGGCUUCAAGACCAUCAUUGACUUCAUGUACUCCGCCCACUUGGCGCUCACAAGCAAGAAUGUGAUCGAGGUGAUGUCGGCCGCCAGCUACCUGCAGAUGACCGACAUAGUGCAAGCGUGUCACGGCUUCAUCAAGGCAGCGCUAGACAUCAGCAUUCGCUCCGAGCUUGCAGAUGAACUUGCGGAUAUUGAGAUGGGCAAUGUGGUGAGCUCUAUGGGAGGCGGGGCUGGGCCCGGUGUGGGCGGAGCCUCAGAAGCACUGGCGUCCAUGAUCUCAGCCCGCAGUUCCUCGCCGUGGAUGGCCAGACGCACCAGCCCGGCAAACUCAUCUGGAGACUCAGCCAUCGCUAGCUGCCACGAAGGCGGUAGCAACUACGGCAAAGAAGACCAGGAACCCAAAAGCCAUGAGAGCCAGGAGGAUGCUUGUUUGCAGCCCUUGUGGCCUGCUGAUUACCGUUCUGUCCAGGUCAAAGAGGAGCAGGUCUCCCCCUCCAAUUUGCAAGAUGGGGCUGGCCGAGGAGCACAAGGCACGCCUGGGGAGCAAGGUGGACGAGGAGAGGGGGGCUGGCAACCCCCUGGCUCGGGCCGCAGGAAGAACCGCAAAAACAAGGACACGGUUAGGCACAUAACCCAACAGAAUGAAGGGGACAGUCGGACAGCGUCGCCGCUGCCAUCCAUGCUGUCCAAUCCAGGCUGGAGCUACGGCAACCAGGACAUUCCAGGUGCAGAAGUGACGGAACCCAACAUUUCCGACCGCCGUGGCGAGCGCAUGGACCUCCUGGUAAAGCAGGAGGAGGCCGCAGCGGGGGACGGCGGGUUUCUGUCCGGGGAGCGGGAUGAAGCCGUGGCCCAGGAGAGAGCGGGCUCGGUGGCCAACCUGCGAGCCGCCCUCAUGAGCAAGAACAGCUUGUUGUCUCUGGGGGCAGAGAUGCUUGGAGAGGAGAACCAACUUCUGUUCGACUACCUGCCCAAGGGAGGACACACUCUCUCCCGGCCUCGUUGCUCCAAUGGCAGCAGCAGCUCCCACCAUCCAGGAGCCCUGUUUGGUAGCAAACACGGGGCAUCUACAUCUCCUCCGUCUACUCUUCCUCCUCUUCCUCUUCUACUGCUGCCUCCGCCAUCCGUGCCACGGCCCCCAGGGGCCCUCGGUAUGCCACAGUCUGGGGCCCCCCCAGACAAGCUCUAUGCGGAACGGGCCCUGAAGGCCUCACCCACUGAGGAGGAAAUGCAAGAAGAAGACAAUAAUCCAAAUAACAAUGCAGGGCUGGAGCGUGUCCAGGUUCCUGUAGAGGAAGAUCAGAUGGUGGAGGAGAAGCAUGGAGUGUGUGUGGCGGAGGUGCAGGGCGGAGGGCCGGGCUGGCGGCAGGAGCUUGCCUGCUCUCUGUGUAAGCAACUGUUUAGCAGCCUGCUUCAACUGAGACAGCACGAAUACAGCCACACGCUCUCGCUCAUGGCCCUCUCGCUGGACUGCCUCGACCACCAUCGCCCCCUAGUGGUCCCGUCUCCUCUCAACCCUCCGCCAGCGCGCUACCAUUGCUCGCAGUGUCCCGCCAGCUUCACCCUCAAGUCCAACGCUGACCGCCAUGAGAAGACCAUCCACCUCAAACGGAAGCUGAUGCAGUGCAUGUACUGCCUCAAGCACUUCCGCGACCGAACGGACCUGAACCGCCACCUGUCGUCCGUGCAUUCCAGCGAGCGCAUCUACACGUGUCCCGCUUGCUCCCGAACCUUCAGCACGCAGAAAAACCUGGCUACCCAUGGCAAGGUCUGCUGUCAGUCGGGAAUCUCUCCCACCGAGCAGCUGUGGGACCUGCAUGGCUUAAAGGAAGAUGACCAUAUCCGUAUAGUCGAUUGAUUCUCCAAACCAGCAACAUUUAUUACUUCAUUACAAAGGGAAUGUGAUACAAACUUCAGGUCAUCCCAAAUCAGGCCUUCCCCCAACUUUUGGUCACAGCACUGUUGACAUUUCUACACUUCUUUUUAAUGUACAUCAGAUUUGUAUGUUCUUCAAAUACCUAAACCGUCAGGUUUUUUUUAUGACUACUGCAUAUGUCUGCUGAGGCACAAAUGCUAUGCAAAAUAAAGACAUUUUAUGUAAUUUCUCGUCGCUUAUAGAGCUGUCUGCUUUUUGUACCACGCAGGAUUUUAUUCAAGGUUUUACUGAAGACUGGCGAACAUAGAGAUCUCGGUGCAUUGGAUGCAAAUGCUUUUUCAUUCUGGGUGGCUUUGCACCCCUCUCUUUACCAGCGAACUAAUCUUAUUAUGCUUAGAUAGACUCAGGCGCAGGGGUCUCUGUAACUCACCGAGUAGUGAAUUCAGCUGUUAAACCUGUGCACAAUGCUGCCCUCUGCAGGAGAAUCUCUCUCUCUUGUAUUCUACACUUGAGUGUGACAAGAUGAUUAGGGAUGAGGAAGAUUAAGCAAUGUCCUAAAUCUUUCAGCAAGCUACGUUGUCUUCAAAUGUAUGUGUGUGUGUGUGUGUGUGUGUGAGAGAGAGAGAGAGUGCAUCAAAUCAUGUCAGUAAUUAGCUCUUCUCGGCUCUCACCCAUGCUGACCCUAAAUCGCACUGAUAAAGGAGAUGUGAGAGGAAAAGACGUAAGUCCUUUAAAGUUGUGACCGGUCCUUGUGUGACCUCACACUACCCUCCAAACCUGACUGUAACAGCCAGUAGCAAAGUAAAAGAGGAUUGAAGGUGUUUCUGGACCCCUGCUAGCAGAGAUGGAUCUAAAUUAUAGUUGUGUUUUUAUAUGUCUAAUGUUAAAUCUCAUGGAGUUCCCAUUUUUGGGUUAUUGUUGAAGAUGGAAGUGUCAAAAGUGAAUUAAGAUCUUUUUUUAAUCUUGAAAGUUAGCUGUGUCAUUGAGUGGUCAGACCACAAAUGUAUUAACAAGCAGUCUACACUUGUAGUAAUACCUGGAGGAGACGUUAUGUUAAUUGCGAUUUUCACACAACAUAUGUCAUACAGUUAUGACAAGUUCAUUAGUGUAUCAGUGGGUGCUUACACACUAGAGGAAGAUCUGAUGGAGCGUUCGGUGGAUAAGGCAUGUGUUAGAUCCAUUUUGAGAGUGUGGAAGAGGUUGAAAUCGAGUGAAAAUACAGGGAAUGGAUUUCUGAAACUCGACUCACCUCUCUAAGAAUCUCUGCUAUUGGUCAACAAAUGCAUGUCGGUGCACACUGCAGCAGAAGUAGUCAGCGUUUUCGCAACUUUCAAGUGUUAUUCUUUUGUCCUCUUUGAAAUCAAUGGAUUUGCAAUGUUGCAGUAAAUCAGUUGUGGCAGAAACUGUGAAUGUGUCGGCAUUCUAACCGACACCGCAGUGAAAAAAAAAAGUGGAUUGUCACACUAGAACCACCUAAAAUUACCCAUAAGUCUUAUACCCAAGUAUGCAAAAGGCCUCUUUUUUUCACAGUUUUUUCUCUCAGAAAAUAAGUUGUUUGUCUGGUGUCUUUGUAAAGAUCUUGAAGGCUUCAAAGACUUUUUCGCAUAGACUAUCCAAUCUGUGUAUCAUAUGUAAAGCUUUGUUGUGUCAAACAAAAUAUCUGCUUGGAACAAUUUCCAAGUUACAAAAUGAAAGCAUGACAGUUAUCUUUCAAACUGUUAAGUGUGUUGCUGCACUGAAUGUUGGGUGAAUUAUGAAAGGAAUCACUGUUUAUCGCCUAUGCAAAGAGAGAGAGAGAGAGAGAUUUGCACUGAAGUUUUCAAGGACAUAGCACUUUCUCCUCAGGAAACGAAAGGACUGAUGCACUCUGAUAUUGUCUGAAGAGGUUUAAAUGGUGGGUGUAAAAACGCAUCAGAAAUCUCAGUCACAGCUGUUUUGAAUUGCACUAUUUUUUAUGACUGAAAUGAAAAAAAAAUCCUUUAGAUUAAACCACAGAUUUCUGUAAAUUAUGUAUUUUGGAACAGUACUAUUGUGUAACUGGUUGGAUGUGAUUUUUUAGACAAUAAAUUUUGACAUAAAGCAUCAUGAAAACU